AUGGAUAUGGAUUACAUGGACCCUUUCCGCCGCCGCUAUCCCAACGUCUCUAUGCAACCUAUUCCGCAGCCCUUUGCUGGGCAUCAACAAAUGCAUCACCCACAAGGCGCGCAGUACCCGUACUGGAACCCAUUGAUGGCGUACUAUCAACAACAGCAUCGCACAGCCGCGUUGAUGGGGCAGGCCGGCAUGCAUCUCACGAAGCCGGCGGAACCCAAACCAAGACUGGCAAAGGACGAAGUUGAACUGUUAGAACGGGAAUUCGCAAAAAAUCAGAAGCCAAGCAGCAGCACGAAACGGGAAUUGGCCGAGCAGAUGGGCGUGGAAGUACCGAGGAUUAAUAACUGGUUCCAAAACCGCCGGGCCAAGGAGAAGCAGAUCAAGAAGACUGCUGAGUUUGAGGCUCAACAAGCUCGCGAACGAGCCGCUUCAGAAGCCAAAUCGACCGGUAGCGACCGGGAACAGGGCGGGACCCGCGAGGCCUAUGAAGAUGAAGCUCAAAGUCCAUCGAGUGUUGCGCCCACCGCCACAUUAGAGACGAAUGAAGACACCGCUUCCGACAACUACGCCAUCCUCAAGUCUGAACCCGUGGACCCAGUCUCUUUGUCUAUGGUGCCUACUGCACCGGUACGCCCAAGCCCGGCAAGUUCUGACAGCGAUGGUUUCGUCCAUCUUGACUACCGGCAGGCCGCCCACCACACGCAACCCUCAUCGGGCCUCACUGCACAAGGAGAUCUUUUUGAUUUGUUAGGCGAGAUUCAGGGGCAUCACGAUUUUCAACAACCAGCCGCACCCCCAUUCCAACUGACCGAUACCACUUUACCUAACAGCCUCCCGCACAACAUCUUUGCUGGGAUAAGUCCGCACAACAACCCAAGCGUUCCUGAAGCGGGCGAUUUCGGCAAGUUUUCUGAUGAAGACUACUUUACGACCCCAUCUGCCCCGCGGUUUCCUUCCGAACUAGUCGUUGCGAGCGGCACACCAGAUGCUGACAGCCCUCUUCUGAGGCACCAAGCCUCGGUUGAGAGCCUUGUGCAUUCCGACAUUGUGUCUCCCGGGUCGAUACCCGACAUGUCGCCAUUGGCCUUGUCGAACCUUCGCUUCAAGUCUCCUCCGCCACCAGCCGAUAUCGCGAGCCGCAGGAAAAGCCGCCGCCCAGCACCCCUGGGCUUGUCCUCGCUCAUGGGCGGCGCGGGACCCAAGACAGGCGUUGAAGUGCCCAGGCGAGCGGAUACAGUGAGCCCAAUGAGACGCAUAUCUUCCUCAACGGGGCUCAGCGGACGUGUUCAGAAGGCUUUCAUCGGCCCAAACGGACCGCGAUCGCCCUUUGCUAUGGAUCGCAACAAGGAGGCACUUCUCCACAGCCUUCACGAAACUCAACCUUCAACGAUGCCACUCCUCAACAGUGGGAUGCCCCAGAUGACUGGUGAAGUCCUCUUCGCCCCAGGAACAGGAGACGGUGCCGUGGCUGUGCGCGCUCCAGAUGAGGAACAGGGAUUUCCGUUUGGGUCAUUCGGGGCCAUUGGCGGCAUCCCGACGUUUAAUCACACCGACCAGGCCAUCAAAUCCCCGCCCGAGACGCCCGGUUUGCAGAUAGGGCUGCAAGAGAGCUAUUUUCCGGGCUCGAACGACAACACGUGGACCUAUACCCCACAGGAUGGCGCGUUACCGACACCGAGUCUUUGCAGUCACGGCGGGUCCGAAAUGGAGUUCUCGGCCGCUACUCAGCGCCCCGGAUAUGUGGCUAGUCAGCCCGCGACGCCCUCCUUCCCGCCUACCAUGGGCCCCGCGUACAGCAGCUUCUUUGGAAUGGGCUUGGGGCAAACGGAUUAUCAGUUUCCCGAUGCUUACGCCGCCGAGUCCUCGAGCCGGUCGUCUCCAGUUGCGUUUCCGAGGUCAAAACAAUUCCAGUUUGCUCAAAACGUCACUCCCCAGGACUUUAGCUCUACGGACAAACCCUGA